AUGGCUCAUUUACUUGUUCUUGGCGCAUCAGGCGUUUCGGGGUGGGCUGUCAUGCAUCAGGCCCUAUCAUACCCAACGCCGACAACUUUUGAGAAGAUCACGGGGACGACAAAUAGACCAAUGACAAAAGAGAAGGCCUUGUUGCCAGCAAACGAACAACGGGUCAGACUCAUUAGCGGCAUCGACUUUACUAGGCCGGUGGAUGAGGUCAAGGCCCAGUUAAUAGAGAAGAUUACCGACAUUGACACCGUCACACAUGUCAUUUAUACUGCAUAUAGGGUGCCCCCGGAGAAGGGUCCGAUGCCCCUCCGUGCCGCAAAUGACGCCCUUCUGGAGACUUCGAUCACGGCGAUCACAGCACUGGCGCCGCGAAUACGGUCUGUAAUCCUGCAAACUGGUGGUAAGGCUUAUGGGCUAUUAUUCUCCGAGCACAUCGACCUAAAGCCGCCCUUCCACGAGUCGCAGCCGCGCGUACCAUCUCCAUGGGGGGACGAGAUUUUCUACUACUCGCAGGUGGACAUCCUCAAGCGCCUGUCCGCGGAAGCCGGGAACUCGUGGACAUUCACCGAGGUCCGCCCUGACACCAUCAUCGGAUUCGUUCCCGGCACAAACGCCAUGAACGUCGCCCAGGGACUGGGCUUCUACCUGAGCCUGUUUCGCGAGGUGCACGGCGCGGGUGCCGAGUGCGCGUACCCUGGCACCGCUGCAGGAUACCGCUCGCGGCACACCGACUCGAGCCAGGACAUCAUCGCCCAGAUGGAGAUCUUCGCCGCGCUCGAGCCGGAGAAAUGUGGCGGGGGCCGCGCUUUCAACGUUGCUGAUGGGGAGGUGGUGACUUGGGCUGACAUCUGGGGCGGAAUUUGCGCCUACUUCGGUCUGAAAGGUGCGCCGCCGACCGAGGAGACCGAGACGGCGGGAAAUUUUGUCAGCAAGCACGUGGAUCGGUGGCCUGGUGUCGUAGAACGGGAUGGGCUUGAAAUCAUGGAUAUACUGGCGCACAACUGGUGGUUUGUGGAGCGAAUUCUCCAGAUUCCAUUUGACAGACAGUUUGACUUGAGUAGCGCCAGGGAAGUGGGCUUUAGAGAGACCGUCGACACCACACGAGGAUAUACGGUAGUCUUCGACAGGAUGAGGCAGGCCAGGAUGAUUCCAUAG